AUGCCUCCAGGGUUUCAGCCGACGAGAGGCGCCGCUUCCCGCAGCGCUUGGGGUGCAACUCCCUCCCCUUUUGCCGAACCUGAAGAGCACGAGGAGAGAAAAGGCGAUACUUCUUCUGAUUUUUCACAACAGAAAAUGUCUCAGAUUUCUUCGAGAAUCGCUGCUUCAACCGACCCCCCGAACGCGGGACUCUCGACGAUCGCGGGAAACCCAGCUUCAAGUGUACAGACAGUACCUUUCGACGGCGAGGAAGCCCCACAUCCACAGAGCCAUGCCUUUCUCCAAAACACCUCUGCCUCUGCUUCUUCCUCGUUUUCUUCCUCCGCUUCUUCGUCUUCUUCGUCUUCUUCUUCCUCCGAUUCUUCGUCUUCUUCGUCUUCUUCAUCUGACGUUUUGCCUGUGGCUGUUGCUUCUUCUCCCCGGCGAGGCUCUGUUCUUCUUUCUCGCUUUGGAACGCCCAGCAGCGGACGCCUUCUUCCAGGUGUGCGGCUUCUCUCCUACGACCCCACAGUCGAAGGCUGCGUCGAGGCUUUUCUUGCCGAGUGCUGUGACGCGAGUCGACAAACCAAUCCAGUGUCUAGACAUCCCGAAUCAUAUCAGUCCUCUUCUUCCUCGUCCUCCCCUUCUCUCUCUCCUUCGUUGUCUUCUCCCUCCUCGUCUUCCGCCUCCUCAUCUUCCGCCUCCUCAUCUUCGUCCUCUUCUUCUUCGCCCUCUUCUUCUUCGUCCUCUUCUUCUGUUGACCCUCCUUCGCGUCCAGCGCCGCGCGGCUUCGGGGAGGAGACGCGGCAGGAGUUGGUGGUGUCGGUGAGCGUGGGGAGUCUGGUGGGGAAGCUCUCGGGAUGGAAGGUGAAUCUGCCGGUGGCGCUGGAGACGAUGCUGGAAGAACAAGUGGAUCUCGAUGUGAUGUUUCAGCCGUGGGAAGCGAAUGGCCAGUCUCGCGCGGGGGUGGCAGGCGACGAAGGACGCGCGGCGCCAGAGGGAGAGAGAAAGCUGUCUUUGCAGAGACUGCUCCAGCGCCUCCUGCAGGCGAAGCGCAAGGCUUAUGCGCUCCGACCUUCACGGAGACACUACCAAAUCGUAGACACGUUGAAAGGAGACUCGGGAGGAGACAAGUCCGAUCCGCAGCAAAGGCGGCGGCCGCAGCAGCAGGGGCGGAGCGACGAAGAAGCUGAGGAGGGACUCGGUGCAGGCCGCGUCCUCAGAUACCGUCUCGUGUCAGAGGCCGAUUUGGAAGAGCCGGACGAGGACAUGGUCCCACAGGGUGCUCGCGAAGAGAAAGUAGGAGACCGAAUUGUCGGGGAGACGGACGGAAACACCGCAGCAACACAACCAGCAAAGGAGACAGGAAACAAGGGAGAUCGCGAGGUGCAACCUGCAGAGAAGAAGGAAGAGCGGGGCGAGUUGAUAAGCGAGGCGAGUGCUGUUCAGCGAGACAGUGGAGCUCAGGAGAAGGAGAGCGUGAACGCUCUGGGCGCUCGAACGGAGGCGGCGAAGCUCAGAGAAGAACACACCACUGCGAAGAGAAACAAGCGAGGACGGCAGCCGACCCGCGUGGAAGUCGUGGAGCGAAUUCCUCUCGGCGCGCGUCUGAUUUAUCGACCUCGAAGCGACAAUCACAUUCGCCUUUCAGCCGAGUCGGAGAUCGCGACGCUGUACACUCCUCGGUUGGAGAGGAGUCUCUCGAAAGUCCCAAAACUCGAGACGCAGAUCGCGACCUCAAGCGAGACUGACGGUGCCUCUGGGCCGCGGUCAGAGGCGUCCGCCGGGGGAGAGGAGAACACCGAACACAGUUCAGGCGAGACAGCCUGCUUGCGAGAGGAAGUGAUUCAGAGGGCGUGGGUGACGCAAGACGUCUGGGAGCUACCUCCCGUGGACUGGUCGCGACAGGAGAGCCCCCACCGGCCUCGAUGGAGACUGGUAGUCACGGAGGAAGGUGAAGUCGCAGACUGUCGGACUCCAGCGCCGACGCUGCUGCUUGCGGGGGGCGCAUGGCGCGGCCGAGGAGGAAAGCCUUCGCGAGCUCUCGGCCAGCUGCCUGGGGGGCUCGGGAGGAAGGCCCCGGGUGUGAACGCCGCUGAAGACGCGAAACAAGACCGCGACGCAGAGGAACACAUUGCAGACGACGUGGACCGCUAUGAGGAGACCAAAAAGGUGUACGUACACCUGGAGAUAUGCGGCGGGGCGCUGCAGAGACAGCUCGAACGCAGACAGCGCGGGCAGAGAAACGCGUUUGGAGCACUGGCGCUUCUGAUCUUUGAAAAUGCACAAGUUCUGGCAAAGUGGAUCGACGAAAUCAAUGGAGACUUUGGAGGCUCCGGGGGGCCGUUCUACUUCCCGAACCACAUGGGCGAUGUCGUACACGCUGUACAGAAACACUACAAUCAAAGAAGGCUCGUCAGUGCAGGACGAUCCCGAAUCGGAGGACUUCGUAUUCAUAACAACCAAGUGAAGCGCCUGCUGAUCAACAAGUACGUCUCGAUGGGCCAGACAGUCUUGGAGCUCGCAUGCGGUCACGGACAGGACAUGUGGAAGUACGCAGACCGCUGCAUUGGGAAGUUCGUCGGCGUGGAUGUGUCUGUUGCGGAAAUUCGAGAGGCCCGGCGUCGUGUGCGUGAGGGACAAGCGGCGAGACAUCUUCUCCAGCAAAUGCUUCACCCGCCUGCGUUCCACGUGGGGAACUUGGUCGACCGACGAGCUCUCAGUUUCCUGCGCUCCGAGCAGUUCGACGUCGUCUCCAUUCAGCUGGCGAUACAUUAUAUGGUCCAGACCGAGCAGCAGGCGAGAGAGGUACUCGGCCGAGCAGCGGCCCACUUGAAAGAGGGUGGCAUGGUUCUCGGAAGCACCGUCUGCUGCGGCGCCCUCGCAGACCAUCUCAUUGAACUCGCGUUCGUCUCGGAAGCCGAGGAGCCUCCCGAGACGCUCGGCGCAGACGCGGGACAAGGUGCAGGCGAAGGAGAGAAGGCGAUCGAGAAGUGCGACUUCGGCAACGAGGUCUACAGCGUCACCUUCGACCUCGACACCGUCGACAAACUUCUCCAAGGCGCCCCUGGAAUCGACCAAAACUGGAUGGCCGCCAGGAAAGAAAAAAUCAAAGCCGCAGCUGGUUCGGAUCCGUCUGCGUGGAAGCAGUACUUGUUUGCGGAUCUUCCAGUGGAGGCGCGCGCAGCCGUGGGCGAGCAUCUGAGGAAACGGUUGGAGACAGAGUUUGGGGUCGAGUAUCACUUUUUUCUGUCGGACGCAAUCGACGCGAAGGAGUUCGUCCUUCCCUGGAGGAGUUUUUGUGCAGUGGCCGCCUCACUGGGUCUGAAGCUCAUGCUGAGCAUGACGUUUCCGGAGUUUCUCGCCGCAGCUGCAGCCGAUCCGGUCUCUGAGCGGGGGCUCAAGCGUUGGCUGGAGCGCUUGAACGCGACGAGUCGCCUAGACAAGCCACAGUUCGAGGCGUUCUCUCUGUACAAAGUUUUCGUGUUCAAGAAAGCGACUGCGAGUGCAGAGAAAGCUGGUGCAGCGCUCCACAGGGCGUCGCAAGGCUCCACCGCCUCUGCGCCAAGCUCGCAGCUGUCGCCACUCGGUGUGCCCUCCUCCACAGAGCCGCAGGUCUCCCAGCCCAGUGCGGACCUGGACGCGCAGCUCUCGGGAGACGUGCAGAGCGAAAAACGUCUGGGAAGCGGGCGCCAGGCAGAGCAGGCUGGGGUGUACGUACACCCGAGUGCUCAGCUAGCUGGCCCGGCGCGGGGCGGGGAACAAGUGACGCUGGAUGGCAGCUUCCCCGCAGACAGAAACGCGUUGUUGGCUGGAGUGCCGCUGAAGAGAAAGAAAACCAAACGCGCGCAAAACCUGAACGAAGACCUGUGA